CUCCGGCAAUCGGAAUUUGGGCACCACCUGGAGCCGGGACGGGACGGGACCAGAAUACUUGGCGUCGUCUCGGUCUCUCGCGGCUCUCCUCUCCUCUUCUCUCCUGCUACCGUCCAGCCGCACGAGGGCGCUGCUAGUUCUCGUCACCAACGACGCCACCGCCGAUUUCAGAGCAAUUCGGAUCAGGUUAAACAACUGACCAAUCCGCCGCGCUCUUCGGUUCCAACGACAAGAGCGGCGGCGGCGGGAACUAUAGGGGAGCGAGGAGUAGAGGGCAAAGUGGGAAGGGGGAGCCAUGGGUAACGCGUCGUCGAUGCUGACCCAGUACGACAUCGAGGAGGUGCAGGAGCACUGCAACUACCUGUUCUCGCAGCAGGAGAUCGUGUCCCUGUACGAGCGCUUCUGCCAGCUCGACCGCAGCGCCAAGGGCUUCAUCUCCGAGGACGAGUUCCUCUCCAUCCCCGAGUUCUCCCUCAACCCGCUCUCCAAGAGGUUGCUUCGUAUGGUUGAUGGGUUGAACUUUAAGGAUUUUGUUGCCUUUCUUUCUACUUUCAGUACAAAGGCCAGUCUUCGGCAGGAGAUCGAAUUGAUAUUUAAGGUUUAUGACAUUGAUGGUAAGGGAAAAGUAACCUUCAAGGACCUGCUAGAAGUUUUACGGGACCAAACAGGGUCAUUCAUGUCUGAGGAACAAAGAGAGCAAGUAGUAACUAAGGUAUUGGAAGAAGCGGGGUACACAAAAGAUUGCUCAUUUUCAGUCGAAGAUUUUAUCCAGAUUAUCGACCAUCCUGGGCUCAAGAUGGAGGUGGAAGUGCCAAUCGAUUAGCGAAAACACUGUAGAGUUCAGAAAAAUACGUUACUCUGCAAGCUCCACUUUUGUCUGCAGGACAUAGUGUCCAUACUCGAUGAUAUGUAACAGGAUGAUGAGCAGAGCAUCCACUUUGGUUGUCUUCUUUGUAACCAGUUCACGUGCCUAAAUUUUAGCUUACUCUGAUGCCACAACACUAGCUUUCGUCUUUUCUUAGCCCUUGUGAAUGCAGUAAUCCUUGUCAACUUGUCUGGAUUCAAUAACGAAAAAUUUGCCUUGUUAUGAGAUCAAGUUGGUUCCAAUUCCA